CUAAUUUUCAUCAACUGUUGAAGCUCUCAAAUCUGAGCUGCCAUGGCAGCGAUCGUACGACUGCUUUUGUUCGCGUUUCUCUUUACCGCACCGUUGUUUUCAUUGGGGUCUCGAAAUGGGUUCACUAUCAAUGGUAGAGUGAAGAUUCCCCAAGUAGGUUUCGCUACAAAAGGGUUUGCUUUGCCCGGUAGAAUGUCAAAUGUCAAAGUUAUACUCAAUGGUGGCCAAAACGUUACUUACGUGAGACAUGAUGGAUAUUUUUCAUUUUACAAUGUACCAUCAGGGACUCAUUUGAUUGAAGUGGUUGUCAUGGGCUAUUUCUUUUCUCCAGUUCGAGUCGAUGUUAGUGCUAGAAACCCGGGCAAGGUGCAUGCAGCUUUGACAGAGAACAGGAGGGGUCUCAACGAAUUGGUUUUAGAGCCAUUGAGAGAGGAACAGUAUUACGAGGUUAGGGAACCUUUCUCCGUAAUGUCUCUUCUGAAAAGUCCAAUGGGUCUCAUGUUGGGAUUUAUGCUGGUUGUUGCAUUUUUGAUGCCCAAAUUCGUGGAAAACAUGGAUCCCGAAGAAAUGAGAGGAGCUCACGAGGAAAUGAGAGGCCAAGGGGCUCCUUCUUUGUCUACUUCGCUACCUAGAGGUGCGAGGAAUUAAGUGAUUUGAUCAGGAACCAUAAACUCUAUGGUUGGCAGAACCGAAGGGA